CCAGAGUCCAAUUUAACGUUUGAUAGACAUGCUGUUACUUCCAUCUGUUUCAUUUAUCCUCUGCAUCACCUUUGCUCUUCCUUUGAAUGCAAAGAAAAGUCAAUUAAUCACAUUAACUGAUAGUAAUUGGAAGGAAUGCUUAACUGGAGAGUGGAUGAUUAAAUUUUAUGCGCCGUGGUGUCCAGCAUGCAGAGAUAAUGAACCUCAAUAUUCUGAAUUUUCUGAAUGGAGUGAUGACUUAGGAAUAAAGGUUGCUACUGUUGAUAUAACCAAACAACUUGGUCUUAGUGGAAGAUUUAUGGUAACAGCAUUGCCAUCUUUCUAUCAUGCCAUUGAUGGUGAGUUCCGUCGUUACAACGGGGAGAGAUCAGCAGACACCAUGCACGAGUUUAUUGAGGGAAAACUAUGGAAGGAUCAUGAAACAGUGUAUUGGUUGAGACAUCCAAAUAGUUUUGGAAUGACUCUUAUGUCGUGGCUGUUUAAGACUUCAGUUAUCAUGAAGAACAUUCAUGAAUCUCUUACCGAAGAUUAUGGAUUAUCACUGUGGAUGUCAUAUGCUGUGUUUGGUGUGGGAACUAUCAUUACUGGUCUGUUCCUUGGAUUUAUAUUAGUUUGUAUAGUUGACUUUGUAUCUCCACCACCACCACCACCGAAGAAAUCAACCACUGUCACACAACAAAAAACAGCUGAACCACCUGUGGAUGAUAAGAAUGAUAAAGGUGGUGAGGGGGAAAACAAAGCUUCACUGGAAGAAGAUUCAGAAAAGGAUUCGCAAGCUUCUGACUGGGAGACGAUAAAUGAGGCGGAAAUUGAUCCUGGAAGUCAGGGAUCUCAACCUCGGCAGAGGAAGAUAGCAGCUUCUCAAUUAAAGGAGGAGGAUAAAAAGGAGAGUGAGAAAGUGGGAGGAAAAGGAGAAAAAGAUGAUUGACAAACAAAACAUGGAUUAUUUAAAACCGGGAUGCAGAUAAGAGUUUAAACAAGUUUUAUAGUUUUAUAAGGAGUUAUAAUUGUUUAAUUUAAAAUUCAACUUGGUUUUGAUCAGUGAAGAAAGAUUUAGACUGCCAAUGUUAAAUUUUUACUUUUUUUCUGCUUUGUUUGCGUUUUAUUCUAGUUCUGCUUCCGGUAAAUAGGCAACCCCAAAAAACGUUUUUUGUCUCGAGUUUUUUUUCAUAUACUUAGAAAAGUUAUUAUACCAAUUAGAAACAGCCCUAAUGUAAUAUGUAAUAACCAUUAGCAAUUU